AUGUCCCGAUCCUUCUAUGUCGACUCUUUAAUCAUCAAAGACUCCUCGAGGCCAGCUCCUUCCCUGCCUGAGCACCCCCAUGGACAGGAUUUCCUCAUCCCCCUCAGCAUGCCUUCCCCCCUGGUCAUGUCGGUGUCGGGCCCCGGCUGCCCGUCCCGCAAGAGCGGCACCUUCUGCGUGUGCCCGCUCUGUGUCACUUCGCACUUGCACUCGUCCCGGGGGGGCGGCAGCGGGGCCAUCCCCCUGCUCAAGAGCCAGUUCCCUCCCGGCGGAGAUGCCCAGUACUGCCCCAGGAUGAGCCAUGCCCAGCACCAGCAGCAGCAGAGCUCGGUACCAGCCGCCGCCGCCGCCGCCCUGGGCCACCCGGCGCAUCACGCACCUGUCUGCACCGCCACCACCUACAGCGUUAGCGACCCCAGGAGAUUCCAUUGCCUCAGCAUGGGAGGAUCCGAUACUAGCCACAUUCCAAACGGCAAGAGGAUGCGGACCGCUUUCACCAGCACGCAGCUUCUGGAGCUAGAGAGGGAGUUUUCUUCCAACAUGUACCUGUCCCGCCUGAGGAGAAUCGAGAUCGCUACCUACCUGAACCUGUCCGAGAAGCAAGUGAAAAUCUGGUUCCAGAAUCGAAGGGUGAAACACAAGAAAGAAGGCAAGGGAACCCAGAGAAACACUCACGGGGGCUGCAAGUGCACUGGCAACCCGGGGCAUUACCCCAGGUCAGAAGACGAAGAGUCUUUAUCCCCAUCAUCUGCGAACGAGGACAAAGAGAUCUCCCCUUUAUAA